GGACCGCCGCUCAGACAGCUCUCAAACUCCGUUGAAUGCACACCGAUUGAACUCAACACUCGCUAUUAUUAACACCAUCAUUGUUUAUCCCAAGUAACACCUUACAACCAAUCCUCUUUAAACCGCGGUCUCUCUCGCUAGAUCAUUCCGGCGCAUUAGUGUUGCAAACAGGUUGAAAACUGGCCGAGAUGGGCGAGGUGGCUGUCAGCGGCCCGAUGGCGAUCAUGGCGGCCGACCCGGACGAGGUCCUGGCCAACGGCAUCGACGGCUCGCCCUCCGAUACCAAGGAAAACGUGGAAGGAAUUAUCAACGGCGUGGCAGGACUUAACGAGCGCGUGAAACGCCGUGCCAAGCGCCCUUCUAAGUUUCUGAGCAAAGAAUUAAACCGGGCGAACUCGGACUCCCAGGUGGUGGCUCCGCUGCGGGCCCUCAAGAAUUCCCGCAAGUCGAGGAACGGAUUCGGGCGAGGCCUGCCCAAGAAGGGAGGUGCAGGCGGUAAGGGAACCUGGGGUGCCCUGGGCUCGGAACUGGCUGAGGAAGAGCUCGAUGGGGCCAUUGAUACCAACGAUCCCAACUAUGAUGAGACUAAUCCCGAGAAUAAGGAAAUUAAGAUGAAAGUCAUCCAUGUUGACCGUUCGGAUGAGGAGAUACAGAAGCAGAUAUCCUCCCUGGUAGCAGAGUAUUAUGACCACGGAGAUACCCACGAGACUUACUUGUCCCUUGAAGAAUUGAACUUAUCUAUGCGGGCUCAUCUAGUGCUUGUGACGGCGGUGGAGUUAGCAAUGGACCACAAGCCUUCGCACAGGGAGAUGACGAGUGUCCUCCUGGCGGAUCUUUAUGGACACAUGCUCUAUGAGCCACAUUAUGCCAAAGGUUAUGAUAUGCUUAUAAAAAAUUUGAGCGACUUGGUGCUGGACACCCCGGAUGCUCCUACCAUCUUAGGAAACUUUAUUGCAAGAUCAAUUGCUGAUGAUUGCAUACCUCCAAAGUUCCUUCAGGGUUAUAAAGGGAAGGUCGAUAACGAACACGCAGUGACGGCGUUAGCAAGAUCAGAAAGUUUAUUGUCUAUGAGACACGGCCUGGUAAGGCUGGACAAUGUUUGGGGAGUGGGUGGUGGUACCCGCCCUGUUAAGUACCUGGUUAAAAAAAUGGUUCUUCUGCUACAGGAGUACCUUUCCUCUGCUGAUAUUGCAGAAGCUACUAGAUGUUUGUUAGAAUUGGAGGUUCCUCAUUUCCACCAUGAAUUGGUGUACGAGGCAAUUAUCAUGACCAUAGAAAAAAUGGAUGACCGUACAUCCGCAAUGAUGUGUGAGCUUUUGGGUUCCCUGCACAGAGCAAUCAUCAUUACACCCUCUCAAAUGAAGGCAGGAUUUCUGAGAGUGUAUGAAGAUAUGCCACAGAUAUGUGUAGAUGUCCCUCCUGCAUACACUGUAUUAGAGAGAUUUGUUAUGCGGUGUCAAGCAUCAAAAGUUGUUGCUGACGAUGUUGUUAAAAAACUACCUGUCAGGGGCCGAAAGCGUUUUGUCUCCGAGGGAGAUGGUGGUCGCGUGAAGGAUGAUGCCUACUUCUAAUCAGUUUGGCCACCUAGGAUGCCACCAUGGAAUUUAGUGCUUAUGUUGAGUUCCAUAUGGAAGCCAUGAUCAACAGGAAUUAUCUUGUUUUACAGAACCCAGUGAAAUUAUGUGAUGAAACUUAAUAGGGCUUUUAUUUUAUAUGCACUCUGAGGAAAUGUCAGUGUGAAGUAUGACAAUGUAUUACUGAAUUCCAUGUGGCAUCUUUGCAAGGUUCAUCAGGUGGUUAGAUAAGGCCUAUAUUACAAGAGAAAAAUAUAGGACUCAUUUUUGCAUUUCAUGAUUCUUGCUGUGUGAACCGAGUUUCCAUGUUGUUUGAUACUAUGUUACCUUGCCUUGGUAAUUUUCAGAUACUUUCAUACAUAUAUGGUCCAAAGGAAUAGUAUGACCAUUUUGAGUCUUGUAUGUAUGUUAUUUGUUUUGAUUUCUAAUUGAGUACUGGAACUCAAUCCUUUAUUGAAACAGCUGGAGACUCUGCUUCUACUGUAGUCAGGUAGUAUAUUGCUUCAUGAUACCCUGCACCUUAUGCUUUUUACCAUUUCUCCUAGAUGAAGGCACUGAUCAUGUGUUUCAUGGGCAAAUGACCCAUCUGAAUUCUAAACAUUCAGACAUCACCCUUUCACAUCAAAGAAAAGUGGGAAUUGGAAGGGGACGUGGGAUGUUUUAGAAUAGAAAGAAUAGUACACUAUCCUUGAAGUGCAUGUCAUCAGGGGAAUGGAGAUCAGCUUGCUCCCAUCAGUCUCUCACCAACGUGGUCAUGAUUCACUAUUGGCAGGAACUGUAAUACAAUAAGAGCAUUGUUGAAGAAAGUGUUAAAGGUUUUGCUGUGAAUGCGUCUUCGAAGUUGUACCACGAUGUCCAGCACCACGUUGGUACAUCCUGAGCUUUAUUGUUCCCUACCAAGCUGUACCUGUGUAUCAAUCAUGCAUAUACUUGUUGCAUAUAGUGAAUGAUUCGUUGCUCACUUGUGAAUACUAUUUUUUCUAUUGUAAAGAGUAUAGGGAGAAAACUUGUAAUGUUUUGUGGUUAUUGAAUGAAUUUCUUUUUAAUGUAUGAUUUAAAAAGGAUAAACUUGCCGAGUUGAGCAAGAGUUGGAAGUACAAGAUUAAUUUAGUUUUCAAGAACUGUAAGGGGAAAAAAAUACAAUACAAAAUACAAAAUAACAAAAAAAAGAAAAAAAAUCUCUGGCCAUCCCACGAGAGGGGCCUGGGACCAGAGAAGAGGAUUGGUGAUGUGUCAAAGUAGAUGCAUAAUGUGAAUACAUGUGUAUUUAUAUUUGUUAUUACAUAUAUUUUUUUAUGUAAUUUUUUUUUUUUUUUUUUUUU